UAAACAGAUCGUAAUGGACACUUUCUGCAUUUAUCUGCCCCAUUAUUCACCACAGAAGAAAAGGGGGCGGGGCUUAAAGCAGAUGAACCAACAUGGCUACUGGUAGCAGUUUUUGUUACAGUUUUUUUAACUGUAACUCUUCAUGAGCUGUAGCUUUGAAAACACAACAACGUGUAGCAUUGUUAGCAAACACUUUUCAGUAAAUUUGCAUGCUAGCAUCAGAACACAGUCCUAGCGCUUAUUUUUUUAUGUACAAACCGACGCUGCCUUCAUGUCACAGGUCAUAAUGACCGCGAGCUUCAGAACGACAUGACCCACUUUUACUUUUUUAUCGUGAUGGAGAAACGGAUGGUUUUUAAGUUGAAUUUUCUUCACACCUCAUGUAGCUUGGUUUGGAGCUAAAGCUAAAGAGCUUCAAAUAACUGAAUAGCUAGCUUCAAAGUAAACCUUUGUAAAUAAACUACUAAAUAAAAGAAUUAGAGAUUAAAUAAAGUGGAAGGUUUAGAUACCUCAUCCUCUCAGCAGGAACCACCGCUGUCAUCACCACCGUUAGCAUCACCCACCGUUAGCAUCGUUGUAUUAACAAAAUGGGUAUUUAAGUCUUUUAAAUAAAUGACGGUUGCUAAAAGCUCUGUACCGUCACUCUGACAGUAAACUGUAUCUGAAAUAAAGACUUAGCGUUAAAGAAUUUCUCCUGAGUUUCUCUUUCUCACACCCAUACACACACACACACACACACGUGUUAGCAUGUUAGUUAUGUUAGCUUGUCCAGGAGCCUAUAUCACAUUUCCAUUGACUUUCAUAUUUAAAUCUUUCAUUUGUUUGUAGCAAAGUUAGCAUUAUCUGCAGCCUUUAUUUCACAGGUCUUUAUUCACCGUUGUAAUACUAAUGAGACAUUUUCAUAAUUUUUUAAAGAGUACAGUAAUCCCCCUCUAUAUCGCGGUUCAUUAAUCGCGGUCCCGGUAUAUUGCAGAUUUUUAUUUUGAAACAUAACUCAUUUGUUUUUGGAUUUUCCCGGAAUAUCGCGGUAUCCACAAACCUCAUAGUGAAUUGUUUUUAUGUUGAAAUAAGGUAAUUUAUUAAUAAAAAUAUAAUUAUUAAUUACAAAAUAUAAACAGUAAUUGAAAAUGAAGUAAACUGUUAAUAAGAACACGUUGUUUCUCCAAAGCGCGGUGUGGAGAUGCUGAAACUCUAAAUACGGUACAGCUGGAGGAUCAAGUCCGGCCAAUCGGAAUGCUCCAUUCAUUUAAUCACGGUUGUGAUUGGCUGCUGGCUCUGCGUGUGCAGGUGGGGAAAGGGAAGCAGAAUUCUCCAGCAUCCCAGUUUUUCCUCUAGCUUUUUUUCCAAGCCCUAUUUUGUCGCCCAAACUCUCUGUCCCUUCUAAGGCUUCUGGCAAGGAACAAACCUACAUACAGUACUCACUAUAAAUAUGAUAUUUCUACGAAUUUACCCAACAUUCAUCUCGCUAUAUGCUUGGAAAUGUUUUCUGGGUGUGUUUAAAGAGUGUGUGAGGGUAUUUUACGGCUUAAACAAUAAAAAAGCAUUUGGGGGUGGCGUCCGUAUAUCGCGGAUUUUUGUUUAUUGUGGGUGGGUUUGGAACAUAACUCCCGCCAUAAACGGGGGAUUACUGUACUACAUUUUUUUAUUAUUAGUGAAUGUUUUAUUAAUAUUUAAAAGUUGCCCCUGAAUCAAAUCUUUACACAUAUCACUUUCUGCUUUAAAUGAGUUCAGCUUUAUCUAAUUUAUCACUACUGACUAACGUGUUUACAUUAUAACAGGUUUAUAACAGGUUUAAUAUGAUGGUGUAUGAUGAUGCGCAAUCUGAUGUGUGUAACAACACUGACACCUAGUGGUUGAUUUUCUGACUAGUUUUACUCCCUGGGUGUUGAAAAGAAAAGUGAAAAACGUUGUUAAUGAUUUCUUUGUUCAAAUAAAUCUGUUUUGGUCUUGAAAGAAAACAAUUAAAUCAUCAUUACCUCACAAAUCUACACAUCCUAAUAUUUUGGAGCAAUAUGAAGCAGUCACGCUAACUGUAACAGCACCGAAUGAGCUGUAAUGUGCUUCAUCGACCAGCAGAGGGCGAUUACUGUAAAAACAGAAAGCUCUUCAAACUUAUCAUUUGUUUUAAUUUAUUAUUUAAUAAUUACUGUAUUUAUCCAGACUUUGUUAUUUAACAGGUAACACAAAUUAAAAGAGAAUUUAGCCGCUGAUAAUGGACACUCAUGAAGAAUAGACUGCGGUUGUUAUGAUAACAGCUCAUAGCUUAUUAUGCCAAAUUAUUAUAACAGAACAUUCCAAAAUUUUUAAUUACACUUAUCACAGUAAAGAAAAAAUAUAUCACACUUUUAUCCAUUUCUAGUAAUGUAGGUGGAACAAGUUCCUGUAGCCUCUUGUGUUCCAUCAGCUAUAAACACUCAUCCCCUCAGCAGUCUCUCUUUAUUCUCUCUCUCUUCAGCUAUAAACACUCGUCCCCUCAGCAGUCUCUCUUUA